GCUUUUGUUUUUGGUGAACUUAUGUUCGUUUGCGACAUACCUCUACAGAACGUAUUUUUAUUUGUUUGUUUUGUUUUGUUUUUGCCUUUUUUCAUGCGAAGUUUCAAGCAAAGUUACCGCGACAGAAAAUUCGAGGGUACCUUUCGGCGGACAGCGAGCAGAUGCAGGAGGCUCCUACAUUGGUUGAAAAACAAAGAAAGACCCACAGCUGUGACUCCAGAGAACAAUAUCAGGCAAUACAAAAGCAUCUAUGAAGUGUGGAGGUGUGUGAUCACUGACAGGCUCGAAUGAGAUGAGGAGGAUCUAUUUGUGAGGAGACGCAACAAAGGAAGAGGGAAGAAGGAGCAACAGGGGGGUAAUUGUCUGAACGGGAGUGAACGAGAAGAUCUUACUCCUUUCUUCUUUCCAGGCUCCACUAAGAUGGACUGCAACAAAGCAGCAGCCAUGUGAGAGGAGCUGUCGACAAGCAGAGGAUGCCCACGUCCAGCUAAAGCAGAGCAGCUCUUCCCUCCCUCCUGCUCCCUCCCUUCUUCCCAUAUGAGGACGAGAAGAUGACUAUCACCAGCCGGCAGUCCUUCAAUGUCCUGACGGUCAUCUUCCUCCUGCUGUCCACUGCAGCCCUCUCGGCUCAUUACCGAGUGUGUGAACCCUACUCCGACCACAAGGGGCGCUACCACUUUGGAUUUCACUGCCCACGCCUCUCAGACAACAAGACCUACAUGUUCUGCUGCCACCACAACAACACCGCCUUCAAGUACUGCUGCAACGAGACAGAGUUCCAGACAGUCAUGCAGAUCAACCUCACCACCACCUCAGACGGCUACGCACACAAUAACUAUACAGCCCUGGUUGGCGUGUGGAUCUACGGUUUCUUUGUUAUGGUGCUGCUGGCCCUGGACUUUCUCUACUACUCAGCCAUAAACUAUGAGCUGUGCCGGGUCUACCUGGAGAAGUGGGGUCUGGGAGGACGCUGGCUGAAGAAGGCUAGGAGUCAGUGGCACAGAUCCAUGCCAGAGGAGAGCGAAGCCCAGGCUCAGGCCCAAGCCAUGGUCCCUAGUCACUACCAACCCAGACACAGCCUCAGAGGGGAGAGCCACAGCCCCACGCUUCUGCCCUAUAACACGUCCACCGCCUGAAUGAUGCUGCAAACAGACAAAUGGAAGAGUAGCAAUGCCUUGUUUGCCACAGAGGAGAGUGCCCCACAGACACCCAUCUCUGGACCACAGACACAACUCCACUGAUGGGCUAGCCAUACUGGAGUAGCUAGCAGUGACUACCAUCCCUUUCUAAUGAGCACAAAACACCCAUGGACUGACAGAAGCAGGCCAACACAGCCUUUAGAAACUCAGCUGAGCAAGGGCUGUGGGAAAACAAUGAGGAGGACCGUAUUGCUGCUACCAAACCACAGCAAAGGAGCAUCAGACACAUUCAACUGCUCGCAGGUGUUCAGUGACCCCCUGAAAUGGCUGGCAAGGUAAGGAGAGUCCCAAGCAAAGCUGAGCUGAACUGGAUGAACUGUAGUUGCAAGUGAGGACGCUCACCUGUUACAAAGACAAAAAACACAAAAAAAUCAACUUUCUAGAUAUAAAGUGUUUAUUACACUGCUGUGUCAGUUUGUGUUCAGUAGCAGUUAGACACAGUCGUGGGUUAUCUAUUUGGUGAUUUAUUUAUGUGAACUAGUCAGAGAAAUAUAUGAGUGGUUAACAUUCAGAACAUGUUACAGUUGAGGUCGAUGCUGAGCAUCUCACUUAGAUUAGAGCAUUUUGUUACUUCUGUCCACAGAGAAAAACGGCUCUGUAGCCAUGUUGACACACAUGCCUAAAACAUCUGAUAUGAAACGUUUUUGGUCUCCUUUCUGCAAAAGAGUUAUUUCUCUAUAAUGUAACUUUCCUGAUAAGGACAUAAUGCCAUACAGUACAACUGCUGUAGAUGAAAAUGUUUUGCAUUAGAUUGUAAAGAUUUCUCAUUGGCUCAGUGGUGAAGGUGAAGAAAGGGCUCUUGAGGACCAUCAAUAUGUUAUCUCACCCAAAACUAAAACAGAGAUCAGGGAUGCCUCCAUAAUGGCAAAGAGUUAGCUUUAUGCUAACUUCAAGUUAAACAAAUUCCUUGGCUACAAGCCUGCAUAUUUUAUUUGAGUCCAUAGCUUAAUGAAUAAAUAGAAAGUUAAGUGUGUGAAAGUUUCCUUGGUAAACUUGUCCAGCGGCUUGUUUGCCCUUCCUCAUUACUGGGGCUGCCUGACAAACAGCUCCAUUAGCAAUAUGAUGCAAAUGAAUAUCCAUUUGGUUCAUUUCUACAGAGCAUUCUGUGUCCCACAAUGGUACUAGACAAUUGUAAAAGAUUAGCCAUAAUAGAAAAUGUAAAACCAAUAAAAAUCCCCCUUCACUGUCAGCAAUAAUGUACAGUAGCUUAUUCAGAUGGAUGACAUUGUAUGUAAAAGAGAGAGGUGUUGACCAAAUGAGUAUACAGCGUACUGGGUAAUCAGUGAGGUGUAUCAGAUAAGUUUUCAGUAGGAUUACAUUUAAUGGGAAGGUGAAGUUGCUAGAAUGAACAUAUUUCAGGAUAAUUAACUCAUAUGGAAUACGAUGUCCCACCGUCUCCCUGUCAGCUUUGUGAUGAGAGAUAUGUGCUGCAAAACAAUCACAAUAAAGAAAAGCUACUCCUUUACAGAGAAUUAUACUCACUUCUGAACUAAUUGCUGGCAAGUGCUUUCUCAGUGAUCCAUAAAAUGCCGUCCUUUCUCUUUGAGGAAAGCAGAUAAAGCAGCUGCUGAUACCAGACUGUAUGUGAAGGAUGGUGAUGGAGGAAGACAAGGUGGUAAGAAUGUAGUUACAGUAGGAGAGGGGUGUGUCUGUCCCAGCCUUGUACUCUGGCAGCUGCCCGGCCUGUAUGUGCACAAAACUCCUGGUCUGCACGUAGGUGAAGGCUAAGAUGAGAUUCUGUUAAUCGUUCUGAGCUGAAAUCCCCACAACUCCUGAACAGGAUUUAAUCUCUCCAACUCACACUACAUAAAAAUGCACUGACAGAUCAAGCCAGAAAUGAGACUUGGAGCUCACCAUUGUAUUCACCCUUUUGUUCUGUGAGGUUUAAGUGGGUCCUAACAAAACUCUGGUCAAGCACUGUAAAUGGUCCUGCCACCAUCGUCCCUAGUUAUCAGCAAUAAUAUUCAAAUUUGCUGAGUUGUUAGAGCAAGUUAAUUCCCACUUCAGUGGCUAAAGUUUAAUUGCGUGCUCGCCACAGUGGACUUAUGCCAUCACUUCCACUGUAGAGAAAUAGGAUGUGCCCAACUGAAAUAAUUGGCCCAAAGAGCAGCAGUGGUUCUAAAUUACUCUCUUCUCCCUCCCACCCUAUACAUAGCAACAGUAGUAGCAAGUGGGGAGAAGAAGAAAUUUUAACAGGUGCUGCAGCACAAAGGGGAUUUAAUUGGGCCUCAAAGCUGGAGAAGUGGCAAAGUUCAGCUAUGGUGGAGAGCACGUUACUUUUCAAGAGGAUCUGGCUGUAAGUGCCGCCCUGUAAUAAGGCAAGGAAGCCCAUUUUUAUCACCAACAGAGUAGAAGUCAAACCCAGAGAAAAACCAUCAAUGCGCCUACUAUGAUCCUUUGCCAGGGUCAAAAUUCAGUAACAACCAGGGACAGAAAAUCAACUCCAAAAACGUUGAUUCUCAAUUCUAUCACAUCGCUUGUGAGAAUUGUUUCUAAAAAACACACGGAACUGGAAUCGACUCCAGCUGCAUUCUCGACUCCAAAGUCCAAGAGCAAAAAAAAAAAAAAAAAAAAUCAUUUAAUUUAAAUAUGUGUAUACAAUAAGUAAAGGACUGAAACACAAAUACAUUCACAGCUUAGCAAAUAUUUUUGUUUUAAA